AUGCCUUCCGGCGAAGUUCCGAUGGUCGCGUCCAACGAGGUGAUCGAUGUCGACGACUCGCGCGAAACGAUCCUGGACUCUGCAUUCUCCGAUCAAUCCAGCACCACGGCCUCGCUGACCUCGAGUAUAAUGAAAUACACCUACGAGCAUGGCCGUCGAUAUCACAAGUACCAGGAAGGCCGAUACUUGCUGCCCAACGAUGAAAAGGAACAGGAACACAUGGACAUACUCGCGCAUCUGUUCAGGCUCGUUCUCGGCGGACGACUGUUCCUCGCGCCCAUCCCGGCGGAUAUCAGACGAGUGCUGGACAUCGGGACGGGGACGGGCGAGUGGGCGAUUGAUAUGGGUGAGCUACGGCCUUUGCAAGCAGAGUGUUACUGGGCUAACGAGUUAGCUGAUCGAUACCCGGAUGCAAAGAUCAUAGGAAACGACCUCAGCCCGAUCCAGCCAGGACUGGUGCCGCCAAACGUGCAGUUUGAAGUCGACGAUGUCGAGAACGACUGGGCCCACGGCGCUCCCUUCGACUACAUCCACUGCCGCUUCAUGGCCUCCUCCAUCAGAGACUGGCCCCGUCUCUUCCGCCGCGUCCUCGAAAACCUGGAACCAAACGGCUACGCUGAAUUCUACGACUUCGACUUCUUCUUCCGCAGCGACGACAACUCCCUCCUCCCAUCACACGAAAUGUACGUGAACUGUUCCGAGACGACGCGCGCGGCCGAGAAGAUCGGCCAGACCGCCUGUCCCGGCCCGCACCUUGCCGGCUGGGCUCGAGACGCAGGCUUCGUCAACAUCUCGGAACAAAAGCUGAAGAUACCGAUUGGGCCGUGGGCGAAGGAUCCGAAGAUGAAGGAGAUCGGGGCCUGGAACCAGCUGCAGGCCAUGGAAGGGAUGGAGGGAUGGUCGAUGGCGUUGUUGACGAGGAUAAUGGGGUGGAGCGAGGAGAAGGUGAGGGAGCAUCUGGUGAAGUUGAAGAGGGACUAUUUGGAUCCGAAGAUACAUGCGUAUAUGACGGGGUAUGUGGUGUACGGGCAGCGGCCGAAGGAUAAAUGA